AUGAAAAAUAAUUCUGAAUCGGCAUAUAUUAAUAUGUCUGCAUUUGUUGCAUUAUCAUGUUUAAUUGCUUUUAUUAUUGUUAUAACAAUAUGUCUUGUCAAACAAUUUAUAUGGGAUCCAUUAUUAUCUAAACGUUUUGAAAUUUUACGACCAGUUUUAUCUGAAUCAGUUCGUAAAUUAUCAACAUCAUUUAAUCGUACACAAUCAAUUUCAAUACCAAAUAUAUCUAUAAAUAAAUCACUCUCACAAUCAUGUAUUAAAACAAAUGAACCACCAUUAUUAACAGAUAAAAAUUUUAUAACAAUAACACAAAAUUUACCAUCAAUUGAUAAUCAAUUAAAUAAAAAUUUACCUCGUCGUUCAUAUGGUUCAUCAUCAAUUAAUUCAUUUGCAUAUACAAAUUAUGGUUCAGAAGAUUUACAUGAUGAAAAAAUACAUAAUUAUCCAAUAUUACAUUUUAGUUGUGAAUAUAAUCCAUCAACAUUUAGUAUUAGAUUAAAUAUACAAAAUUUACGUAAUAUGAAUUCAUUAUUAUUAUCAUUUAAUCAUAUAAUUAAUAAGAGUGCCUUUAUAUUUUUAAGAUUUGUUUUAUCAACAACAAUAACUGGUGAACCAUAUGAAACAUCAUUACAACAUUAUCAAGAUUUUAUACGUUUUGGUGAAACAUUUAAUAUAUUGAGUAAUAUUAGAUCGGGAGAUAUACUUAAUUGUCAAAUAAAAUUUUUUCUUAUGUUAAUAACAGAUAAAAAUAUGUAUGAAUUAGGUGAAACAAAUUAUUCAAUGAAAGAUGAUCAAUUAACACAUAUUUUAUAUAUUGAACGUAUAUUACCAAUUCGUUUAGGAAAAAAAUUAAAAUCAGUAACAAGCGAAGACAAUAAUUAA